UAGCGUUUGUUUGUUUGUGUUCUCGCUGUGUCUUGCCUUUGCAAAUCGCAUAGAGAAUCGCGUUGUACGGUUUUAAAGUUUGAUCAAUUUUAAAAGCUUUUCGAAUCCUGUUGAAUGCACCUUCUACAACCAGUAUUCGUCAAGAUCAGCAACGCUCGUCGUUUAGUAAGUACCAGGUCGCAGAAUGACCGAUGCGCGAAGGGGCUUGUCACUUGUGAUGUGGAGUUGAAAAUUAUCUGGUCGAGCGACUGAUACAGAAUGAUCCGUGAUGUGGAUACGCAGCCGGACGAUCCCAGCUGUCAUCGUUUUCCUGUCCGGGACAUUGUUCAGGAAAUCAUUCGCUCGUCCCGUUUAACCUUCGAAGAUGAGACCGCCGUUCGUCAUCACCUGAUUGUGGCCAAGCGAAGAGAAAGCACAGUACCUUCGUGGUUACGCCUGGUUGGAGCUGCAGCCGUGUCUAGUCUUCCUUUUGCUGUACCCUACGUCGCUGGGAGUGUUUUCGUUGGACGCCAGACUCUGCGUCAGUACCCCGUGCAUGUUGCAGUCAGUGUGGGAGUCGGCGUUCUUGGAAUCAGUGCCAAAGUGGGACGAUUCGUCCUUCGAAAGUGUGUUAUUGCCGAGGUUGGCCGCUUGAUGCGCUUACUGCAAGAUACGGCGAGUUUAUCCAAGCGCAUUUCGCGCUGGGUGCAGGAUAACGAAGUGAUACAGAGAGGUUUCGUCCUUAUGCAGACACAGCCGCGGGAGGAUGUCAAUGGUGCCAGCAAGGUCCUGUCGGCAAGAGCAUGCCUUCGCUUGCGCCGUGCCGUUUUCAUGGAAUCUCGAUUUAUGGUUUUCGUAUUGCGAGCAGCUGCCGUUGAUCUGCUACAAAAAAUUAAACGAGAAACGCAGUUGGACAACACGGAGAAUCACAUCUGCCUGAUCCCUCUGGAGGAAUUUGGGGAAUCUUUGAGCAUUCCCGAAGAUGAUUUGGAGCCGCUGUAUCUCGCCACUGAUGGAUUUUCCUUACAAGCGCUGAAAUCUCUUACAGGAUUGCUAGAUCUUCAAGUUUCGGAAUACGCAAAGUUGCUAUGCGAGGUGUCCAUAAAAGGACAUGAUUAUCUCGGGGAAAUUGAUUUUCUGAGACGUCUUAGAGAAGUGCACCGAUUGUUGCUGGAUGCGUUCAAUCGAAUGGAGCUGGAGUACAAGUUUGAGACAGAUGAACCACUGGAUCCCAAAGCCCGCCGGAGCUCUGCGAAAAAUUCGUUUGCUCCUCCGGAUUAUUGGAAAAGCUUGGAGCUGCAUCUUAUGGCUGGAUUGAAAAGUGUCAGAACUCUGGAGAGCGAAAACUGUACUGAAAACGAACUGCAAAAAGUCAUGCAGCAAGAUAUGUUGGAGAAGCUGGGUUACCAUGUGAAAUGUUGCAGCAUGUUGCUGGAUCACUUGAAACGACGCAGCAUAGUGGAUGACCAGUCGCGAGAGACAAGCGAAGCCGAUGUUUCACCUACCAAAUCUGAUUUCGAACUGAAGGAUGUGGUGAAAGCCGACGACGAUAUUGGCGUGCAGGACGAGAUUUUUGAGGCUUUUAUUCUGGGUGAUGCAUCUGGUGACUACAGAGGUGAACCGGUCAGAUCCGAAAUGAAUGACUACCAGGAGCAAAAACAACAAACCAAACUGGUACUGGAAGAAAUUAAGACGCUACUGAGCGUGAGAUCUCAGGAGUGGAAGCAGCGAGAAAAUCGCGCUCGAGAGCGCAAAGGCCUUCCGCACGCCGAAGAAGAGGAUUUCGGAAGCAGUCCCAGUAUCACGGAAACAUCCGCUGACGACUUUACUUCGGCAAUAUUGCGACCGAAAUUACCGGAAACAAUUGGUGAUUAUGUCACACCCGUAGAUGUGGCCAAUAUUGCUGCUGCGUUGAGUUCUCAGUGGCGAAGUGGUGCCGAGGAAAAUUUUGGAUACGGUGAUUCGGAAUCGGAAACAGAGGAGCCGAAAGCUGGUGAAUGAGGUGGUUUAUGGAAGAACUGAUAUUUGACAGCUGGGGAAAAAGUUUUAUUUCAAAAGCUCAUUAAAUAUUCAUAUCGGUAUUUCGUUAUUCGUUGUUGUUUGCCAUUGUUUUGUAUUUUUGUACUGUGGCGAGUUGUAUAUAUACGUUUGUGAAUGUUUGUUAUUGAUUAGCAGUGAUUGUUUAUCCUGGACGCAUGAAGCUUUUAAGUUAAAUUAAAUCGGUUAAAAUUUG